UUUUUCUCUACCACACGCAGCGUGCGCUAUUUCUCGAUUCUCGCAGAGGAAGACGCGAAAGAAACAGGCGAUCGACGAACGACGAAUUGAUCGGGGAAUCGAUUCGUAUGGAUUUUGUCCCAUUAUCCUAAUUUCAUUGGUUUUUUGUUUCGGUCUCUUCCAAUUUUCGUUUAUAUCCAACUAGAAUACGCGUGUAUAAGGCCCCACCAUAGCGAGCAAAGCGAUCUUAUGUGAAAGUAAGUCUGCCGGUUGACUGAGAGCGCGUGCCCUGCCUCCUGGCCCGGAGACGACGACGGGGUAACGCCGUCGUACGACACCCGAGCCCGCAGGAGACAGACGUACGGACAGACACUUUGCCAGCUGCUGCGUCUACGGACGGACCGGGACCCACUGGGACAGGGACUUCCACGAGAACGAACGAGAUAUAUCAGUCUAAUUGUAAUACGCAUCGAUUAUAACGAGAACAUUCGACCGAGUUAAUUGUGAUUAAAAAAAAAUUAUUCAACCAGAUCGAAGAAAAGUUUCAUUGAUACGCGAAGGAUAUUCAAUACAGAUAGCUACAGUGCGCCGGAUGUAUAAUAUACUACCCAUGUACACGGGGGAAAGUACGAAGUAAGGAGCAAACGCAUGGAUUAAAUCGAAGCCUUGCUAUUAUCGUUGUGCUUAAUCAUGUACUUUUCAAUGAGUGACGUUUUUCCUGCAAAUGUGUUAACCGAUCAGUUUCACCUCGACUAUUAAAAGUUGUCGUGUACCGUAAAAGUGCUACCCGCCGUUGUACCGCGUUUCACCGGAGUGCCAGCAAGCUUGCACGUAUAAAACGAACCCAGUGAAUCGACGCCACGAAGGACAUAAAAAUAAAAUUAAUAUAUACAUAUAUAAAUAAAAAAAAUAAAGGAUAUCCAGGACAAUAUCACUUUCGCAUGGCAGAAGCACUACCCACUUCGCGUUUCUUUCUACUCGUGUAAAAGGGGAGUCGUAUUUUCAGGGGCUGCCCUUCGAAACCCCAGAUUCUUUCGCAUAGAAUUGGACUCGAAAAUUUUCGCUAUCAAUAGCUGCGCUUUACUGGGAUACGCGUAGAAAUUAUUUACCAUUAAUACCGAGUGGACGUUGAGUGGACAAGAUAUAUCGUUAUCGUAAUUUUCAUGGUAAUUAUUUUUUAAUUAUUGUGCACACCGUGAGCGAAACGCGCCAGUUUGGUGCGUCUUUUACGAUACACAUCGUUUGUUAGAAACUGGAAAAAUUUGAUCGGUAGUGAUCAUGAUAAGAGCAGUGUUAACAGCGUGUCUUUUGGGCUUCGCUAUUGCUGGAAGUCCGAGGCUUCCGAGGACGUCCGCUGAUCAGAGGAGCAUAAGAAACGCGCACGGGAUCAGCUCGAGCAGCAGUAAUAACAUAAGUGGAAGCAUUUUACCCGCUCCUUCGCGAGGUGCUCAAAGAAACAGGGAACAAUAUCUGUUCAAUGUCUUCGAGGUGAUCGUCUCCACUUUGGAAUCGAAACUGCAGAGGAUAGAAAAUCUCGACAAAGCUGUGGAACACCUGAUGCGGAGGGUCGAGGCACUCGAUUCCAGGGUUAACGACAACAUCGACAAAACCGACAAUGUAAUCUCGAAACUGAGGACUCUGGACCUCAAGCUGUUCCACGCGCAACCUUCUCUUCCGCCGGAAGCUAUGCUGGAAUCCAGAACAGCCGAGAGCAGAAGCGGCACCGACGAGAGUGUUCCGGUGAUUCGUUUGAUUCAUCACGACGGUCCUUCUCCGGAAUACCUGGGCGAGAAACUUCUGUCCCUUGACCAGAAGGUAUCUGACAUCGACGACAAACUGGUGAACUUGAAAAAUCAACUGGAUAACAAUUUUCUGCCGGCCGACGACAUAAACGCCGAAGCCAGCGAGAAAAAACCGAUCAGUAUGAACGUCGUCGAAAUAACGAAAGCGCUGAACAGCGAAGUUAUGAAUCACGUUUCCGCUGAAAUCGAAAAUUUGCGACAAGUCACCGGCAGCAUGGAUCGUAAACUGCAGUACCACAUGAAUCUCGUUUCCGAUAAUCUCGGCGCGGUUUACACCAUGAUCAGAGAUGUUCACGAAGCGAUCGUCGACAAGGACUCUCCCAGUUACAACGUGACAACGACACCGCCUCCGCCGAAGCAGAGUAAAAUCGACCGACUAGUGGAACAAAUGCAUCCCAUGCUCACCGUGUCCGAAAAAAUGGACGAGGUCUGGGACGUUGUGGUCGGCACGAAAAGCUCCGUGGACGACCUCGUCCCAAAGUCGGACGAACUUCUCACGCAGACUCAGCGUCAGGAGAGAGCGAUUAGCGAAAUUCACGCCGACCUCAGAACGAAAACGAACAAGAUAAUCGAGAACUUGGAGGGGGUCGAGAGUAGGCUGAAAAAACAAGAGGAUGACGUUGCAACGUUGGCCCAGAGACCGGUACCCGCCGAACUUCUUCUCGACCCGACGAUCGACAGACUCGUCGAGUACGACCCCAACAGGUACGUCGGCGUUCCCGACGAUCAACUCAUCACCGAGUCACCUGUACCAACUUUCGUCACGACCCAACCGCCCCCCGUCACCACCACGACAACCCCAUCGACUACGGCUCCUUCGUCAAGUCACCUGCCCUCCGUUGCUACUACUCCUGUAACGCCGUCCACCAGUCAGCGGAUCGCCACCAGGAACAGAGGCGUGAUUUUCCCCAGCGUGAAGAACAAGCCGAGUCCCGCUAACUCGACGUUCACGACCGACCUGCUCACCAAUUUCAAAGACGUGAAGGGCUACUCUUGCGUCGAUCUAUCGAACGCUGGGAUGCGGGAAAGCGGGGUCUACUACCUUCAAAUUCGUGGCACUACUUACUGGUUCUUGAAGGUCUACUGCGAACAGGAAAUCGCCGAUGGAGGCUGGACCGUUAUUCAAAGGAGGGACGACUUUGGUGAUUCGAGGGAAAAUUUCAACCGUGAUUGGGCCGAUUAUAAAAAUGGUUUCGGUGAUCCUGCCAGAGAAUUUUGGCUGGGUAAUGAAAACAUUUACAUGCUCACGAACAACGAGGAUUACAUGCUCAGAGUUGAACUCGAGGACUUCGAAGGAAACAAGAGAUACGCUCAAUAUUCUCACUUCAAGAUAUACUCCGAAGGAGAAUAUUACAAGUUGGAAAUCGACGGGUACGAAGGGAACGCAGGGGAUUCCUUGAACGACCCUUGGUACGGGUCUAACAACAGCCCCUUCUCUACCUAUAACAGGGACAACGACCGAUCGUCUCUCAACUGUGCUUCGAUGCUCAAGGGAGGAUGGUGGUGGAAAUCUUGCGGUCGUGGAUUGAACGGAUUGUAUCUGAACGAUCCCCAAGAUCUAACAGCUCGUCAGGGAAUCGUUUGGUUCCGUUGGAGAGGUUGGGACUACACACUCAAGAAGGCCCAGAUGAUGAUCAAACCGAAGGGCCCGGUACCCAUUAUAUAAACGGAUGUCAUCGAACCGGACAACCUCAUGACCCCAUACCUAGACUCCUAGACCUGAACUCUCGCACCGUCGUGAGACAAUUUUCGGUAACUACUCGCCUAACCGUUUUUCUUAUUGUUUUUCGUCGUAUAAAACAGUAACGGGGCGAUGAUUUUUUUUUUUUUUAUUUCAAUUACAUCCAUCGAUAUUGUUGAAGGAGUUUAAAGUCAACAAGAUUUGUCAGAAACGAUGAAACACGUGUUACCCUCUGGCACUUUGGCAUAACAAAUGAGCCGGUGAUUACUUUUAUAUUUACCUAGUUUCGAUCUUGUCAAUUAAUUUCGGAGCUUGGUAUAUGAGAGCAUUAAUCAACUGGUUUGAAAAAUUGAUCAUUACUCUCGUACGAGAUGUCCGAGAAUCAUUGCAAGUUUUUUUUUUUUUUUUUUUUUUUCUUCUGGGAAGGGAGAGGGAAGGGAGGGCUUGUUUCAUACACUUUUGCAGGUACCAGAGUUAACCAGUACGGAGUAAGUAUGUGAAUUUCAUAUAAAAUAGCAAAAAACUACUGCAAAUAUCAUUUUCCCCGUAAAAAUCGUCGACUAUUUAUUAACGUUUAUAUGAAUAUAUACGUGAUCUGAAUUUAAAUCUACAUGUUAUAUUUCAGUACGUAGUGUUUGAUUAGGAUUAGCUAUAAGUAUAUUUGAUAAACCACAGAAAAUUUUUAUUUUAGCGUUAAUACCAAUGUAGAUUUAGAAAAUGGGUGAUUUUUAUCGCGAAUGCACUAACAGAAGCUGACGUCGGUUGAUUAGUAUUUAUCGCUAAUAAAUCAUAAUCGAAAUUAGUUUUCUCCGUGUAUGAUAGAUCGUGUAUCAAAUUAGCUUUUCAAUAUGAUCAACAGAUAUGAUUAUUGAAUCGUAAUUACUUUCUGAGUUUAUUCCAAAAAUGCAGGCUUCUGAGUGCGCAACACCCUCUGUAUGUUAUAAUUAUAUUAGAGAAAAAUAUUUAACGUAUGGCGUAUUAAUAUUCGACCGAAAAAUAUUUUCAUUCGCAACGAUGAAGCGUUUAGUAUGUAUGCUUAGGAUUGGAUUGGCUGUAUUUUAUCCACAAUAUUAUGCGAUUUUAAUACGGCAUUACUUUCGAGAGUGAAGAGUGCAUCCAUAAUUUGUCUGAAAUAAUAUUGCGUCCGCAUUCCCGUCAAUCUACCAAUCGCAAAUAAAAUCAUACGUAAUUGAAAAAAUUAAAAAAAAAAUAAAAUAAAAUAAUCUAAAUCAAAUUACGUAAUCGAAGCUACAUGGGGAAAUACGAAAUUAAACUUUCCAUACCGAUGAUUUCAAUGCGUGAUUUAAUUGAUUAUAAAUUUUCAAUAUAAUUCGUUCAAUUGAAAACUGCUAUAGACACGGGACUAUAAUAAAAAAGUACUCUGCUCUCUUUCUGGAUUUUCAAAGAUUUCUUAUUAAUUUUUUUAAUCCGAAUUUUUUUCUCUCUCGUUAACGCUGAUUAUAAGAAUCAGUUGAGCUAACAAUCACUUCGCUAUAAGAUUAGAAAGAUCUUAUUUGUUAUAUAAAUUGGCGAAUCCAGGUAAGAUACCUCUCAUAUAUUUUCUCUGUUUGCAAUGCCGGAAUCGUAAUACUACAGCCAGUUUACACCGCAUCGUGCGAAUGUGGGUGGAAUAUAUUAACGUAUAGUUUAUUACUUUUAUGUACACUCUAUGCCCUCCAACCUUUUAAAUUAUUAAUGUCCGGUAAAAAAUACGCGAAAGUUAGGCCGUUAAGUCAACUAGUAUGAAUAUAUGUUUAAUCAUUAUGCCUUCCAUAGGUUUGAUCGUAUUUUUCAGUUCUCUCGUAAUUUGAGAUACACGGCUCGCUGCAGAACUUGCCAAUUUUUUUUACUUUUUCUUCGAGUUGUGAGAAAAAUAUUACCAGUGAAAACUGAAUCGAAGGCUAUCGGGACAUCACUGCAAUGUAGACCUAAUUUUUUAUUCGAACUCGGGAUAUGUUUGUACGCGUCGUGCAUAGCAUAGAAUUGCAAAGAAAUCAUACGAACGUCCCUUACAAUGAGAUAAUUGCAUUGUCCUCAAUAUGGUAUAUAAUGUGGAUAUUCGAUUCUUGACAAAAAAAAAAAAUAGCUUGUACAAAGGUUUUUUAAUUUUCUUUUUUUAUUUAUGCAAAUUGAAUAUAUACUUGGUGCAUUUUAAUUAAUCGUUUUCCGUCUCGUGAGGAUCACGACAAAAUUGGCAACAAUAAUAUAUAUGAAUACGUCUAGAAAUUAUAUAUGGAUGAUACCACUAUACAUUAGUUAAAACCAUAUUAUCAAUUAAGUGACUAAUUGUAAAUAAAGCGAGCUCCAAUAUUAUAAUAUGAAAUGCAAUAUAUGUACAAUGUUAUUGAUUGCAAAAUGAUGUGAAAUAUAAGUUGUAAAAAGACCUCAAAUAAAUAUAUGUUUUGUAAUAUAUCAAAUAUGUCCCCAA